UAAUGCCAGGACACAAAACUGAAUACUUCAACUGUGUAUUGUGCUCUAAAAGAACAAAACCCAAUGAAAGGAGGCAUCUUGACAAAGGCAUAAGAAAAUAUUUAAGAAAAAGGUUUAUGGUGGAAGGAAGGGAAAAUUCUGUCAUCUGCAGCAAAUGUAGAAGCAAUUAUUACAGAGAUGUUUCAUGCCGUAAAUCAUCUGCAACACCCUGCUCUACCACAAUUCACAGGGAAUGUCCAGCGUCCGAAACAAAUGACAACAGAAAACAUCUCUCCAGUCCACCAUCUGUAUCCUUGCACUUAAAAUCCACUGCAAAGACUCAUGCCUAUUGUAUCGUUUGUAAGAAACCAGGGCCCAAAUUGAUAGUAGUGUCACCAGAAUGCCGCACAUCUGUUUUUAUUGAACACAAUAUAUUAAUUCCAUCCGGAAAUAGAUGUUGUCCUGGUCAUGUGGAAAAUGAACGCUUCACAACUGAUGCAAUUCAGCAAUUACCGACGACAGACAAUGCAUUUGUUAACAGAACUACCAUCCUAAGUUUACUUCAAGAGAUGCGUGUUUUAUGUCAUAAACAUGACAAGUCUUAUUUGGACUUUGAUGACACCACGACUCUGACCGAUACAGACUAUUUGUCUUUGCUGGGACACAACAAGGAAGAUUUCCAUACAAUAUGUGACGCUGUGAAAGAUGAAGUGAAACCAACACCGUCUAGGAGUCUAAGAAAAUCUGUUGCCAUAUUCCUGUGCAAAUUAAAGACUGGCUUGUCAAAUCAAAUACUGUCAACACUUUUCCAAACUUCCAAAUCCAGUUUAAGGAGGGCUGUUAGUGCUGUAAGAGCAGCAUUGAUGAUCAGCUUUGUGCCACACCAUCUUGGGUUUGAACACAUAAGAAGAGAGGAAGUCAUCGAAGACCAUACACGACAGCUAGCACAGACACUGUUUGGUAACAUCGAGAAGAAACAGGCCAUAUUGGUACUGGAUGGCACUUACAUAUACACAGCUAAGAGCAAUAAUUUCCACUACCAAAGACGUUCUUACAGUAUCCACAAGGGGAGACCACUAAUCAAGCCUAUGGUUAUCGUAACUACUACUGGUUACUUUGUCUCAAUCUUAGGACCAUACCUUGCUGAUAAUAAAAACAAUGAUGCAUCAAUUCUCCAACACAUCAUCAAAACAAAUGCUGAAGAUAUUCGGAGCUGGCUAAGUGAAGACGACAUCUUUAUUGUUGACCGCGGGUUCAGAGAUGCUUUGCCUCUGCUUGAAGAUCUUGGAAUCCAGGCAGAAAUGCCCCGAUUUCUGCUCAAGGGACAAAACCAAAUGACUACUGAUGAUGCAAAUAUGAGCAGACUUGUGACAAAGGUCAGAUGGGUAGUGGAAUCUUCAAACGCACGUAUCAAGAGGUGGCGAUAUUUGGACAAGACACUACCCACUAAUCAAAUUCCCUUCAUCGGUGACUAUGUCAGGAUAGUUUGCGCACUCUCAAACAGAUUCUCUCCACCCCUGAGUAAAAGUAACAACACUGAGGCUGAUGAUGCAGAGGCAGCAAAAAUGCUCUAUCUGUCCAAACAGGUAAAUAAUCUCAAACGAAUGGUUCAAGAGAAUGGACUUAACAGAAGAUCUACUCAAUGGCAAACAGUUCUUGAAUGUGAAAUUCAGAAUUUCCCCAUGUUCGAUGAGGAUCAGUUGCGGAAUUUGACUUGUGGCACCUAUCAAUUGAAGCUCUCUCGUAGCUAUAUUCAAGAACACAUUGAGGGAGGAUGUGAUAUUUUCUUCCAUAAAGAAAAUGAUAGGCUCCUAAAGGUGAAAAUUCAGAGUCGGCACACAUCAUCAAAGCAGUAUUUAGUUUGGAUUGAGUAUUCUGAUUACUCUGUAGAGGCAUGGUAUUGUACCUGCAGAGCGGGUGCCAGAGUUGUAGGCAUGUGCUCUCACAUAGCAGCCAUCAUUUGGUACCUGGCAAAAGGAAGGCAUGAACAAAGGACAUAUGGUGUGCGUGACUGGAGUGAGCAUGUCCUUGAUGCAGCUGACAUCCCACCUGCUUUGGACGAGUCUGACAGUGAUGACAGUAGCUGUGAAAGUGUUCCCGAGGAGUGAACAGUUAGUUAAUGUUAAUUGUAUUUUAUUCAUUGUUAUUUUAUAUACACUGUAUCUGUCAUAUAUAAUAUGUUUUUAAAAAAAAUUAUGUUAUUUUUUCAAUUUACUUGUUUAAUCUGCUGUAUGAGUUUUAAGUCGGAUGCGGAAAUUGGGCCGCUCCGCAUGUAGAGUGUUAUUUUUUCAAUUAACCUGUUUAUAAUCUCAUGUGUGAGUUUUAAGUCGGAUGUGGAAAUUUGGCCGCUCAGCAUGUAGAGUGUUAUUUUUUCAAUAUACCUGUUUAUAAUCUCAUGUAAAGUGUUAUUUUUCAAUUUACCUGUUUAUAAUCUCAUGUAAAGUGUUAUUUUUCAAUUUACCUGUUUAUAAUCUCAUGUGGGAGUUUUAAGUAGAAUGCGGAAAUUGGGCCACUCCGCAUGUAGAGUGUUAUUUUUCAAUAUACCUGUUUAUAAUCUCAUGUAAAGUAUUAUUUUUCAAUUUACCUGUUUAUAAUCUCAUGUAGAGUGUUAUUUUUCAAUAUACCUGUUUAUAAUCUCAUGUGUGAGUUUUAAGUCGGAUGCGGAAAUUGGGCCGCUCCGCAUGUAGAGUGUUAUUUUUUUCAAUAUACCUGUUUAUAAUCUCAUGUGUGAGUUUUAAGUCGGAUGCGGAAAUUGGGCCGCUCCGCAUGUAGAGUGUUAUUUUUUUCAAUAUACCUGUUUAUAGUCUCAUGUGUGAGUUUUAAGUCGGAUGCGGAAAUUGGGCCGCUCCGCAUGUAGACUGUUAUUUUUUUCAAUAUACCUGUUUAUAAUCUGCUGUGUGAGUUUUAAGUCGGAUGCGGAAAUUGGGCCUCUCCGCAUGUAGAGUGUUAUUUUUCAAUAUACCUGUUUAUAAUCCCAUGU